AUGAAGCCGAAGCAGUCAUCAAAACCCUACGAACGAAUCAAAAUCGAUCUGGUAGGUGCAAACGUACUGAACACUUCUGCUGUCUCUUUGUCCCCUUCAACAAUAAAGUCAUCUUCACCAGUUACGCCAGCUCCACCACCUCCUUUCAAAUUGUUGGAACCGUCAAAACCAUCUAAGUUAAUCAGCACGACGUUGGCAGCUCCUCCUCCACCACCUCCUCCACCUCCUCCACCUCCUUCAGUUAGUGAAGCUGUUACCGCAGCCGUUGUGCCUUCAGGUGCAGGACUGACACAAAAACAAAAUGAUCUGCCCGAAUCCAUGAAACCAACAAAAACACCAAGCGAAACGAUGAAAAUGAAGACAAUCAUGUGGUCGAAAAUUCCACCAGCAACUAUAGCUGCCGGGCAAGGAUCGCAAAGUGUUUGGGGAGAACUGGCCAGAAAAAGCACAAAGAUCGAUUUGGAUUAUGAUAUGAUCGACAGUAUGUUCUCAAUAACUCAGCAAACUCAACGGCCUUUGUCGGACAUCCAUCAUACUCAGAAUCUGGACUCGGUCAUUGCGGGCCUGCACGGUAAUAAAGUGGAACAGUUCGAUGUGGAGAUGUUACGAACACUUAGGGCCAUUUUGCCAGAUUCGGAUGAGGUGAACACACUCAGACGUUACACUGGCGAAAUCUCUCAGUUGACUCCAACAUGCUCGUUUUUACUUCGGUUACUGGAUGUUCCGGAUUAUUGUCUUAGAAUUGACUGCAUGAUGCUGCGCCUCGAGUUUCAUCGAACUAUGGAAGAAAUCGUUCCCGGCAUUCAUCUUCUCAAAGAAGCAGCUAAAGAACUGCAAGGUUCGAAUGCUCUUCGUCGCCUUCUGCUUCUUGUUGUAAACAUCGGCAACUACAUUAACGGCACAUCUACCCAUGGUUGUGCGGCUGGCUUCAAGUUAAGCUCAUUGUGGAAGGUGAUCGACCAUCGAGCCACCAAAGGCACCUCAUCACUUCUUCACCUUCUUGCUAAGAUGGAUCCGCCUUUGCUCAAUGAAUUGGAGCACGAGCUUCCUAGCAUUAAUUCCGCUUCAGAGAAUUCAGUGGAAGAAAUUAAGACAAGUCUUCGUUCGCUUGGAGAGAAAUGCACCACUCUCGGCAAAGAGCUGAAGAAAAUACAAGGCGCCGAGUUUGAGGAAAUCAGACAAUAUCUUGAGGAUCACUGUUAUGCCGAAUUGGAGGUGACAAAUGGCUCAUUGAAAGAAAUGCUUAGAGCUGAAGACGAACUCGCAAUUUUCUUUUGCGAGAACAAGUCGUCAUUUAAGAUCGAGGAAUGUCUUAAGGUAUUCAAAAACCUCGUCACUCGACUACGACAAGCGGUUCAGGAAAAUGAGGAACAAGAGAGGCGUAUUCUGCGAAAGGAGAAGAAUAGAAUGGUGGAAUGCGAUGAAAAUAAGCAAAAAGCGGAAUCGGAACAAGGAGCAGAGAGCUUUUUUGCCUUUCUCGAGAAAGGGCAUAAUGUUCAGUGA